UUAGUGGAAAAAUCCCAGAUGAAAUUGGAUAUAUAACCAAGCUCAAGACGUUAUAUUUGGGGAUAAACAAUUUCAUAGGUAUCAUAUUAUAUUUAUUCAAGUUAUAUACUAGUCAACACUCUUAUUAUAUAAAGAUGACUGUUGGAAUUGCAUGUUCAAAGAAUUAUUUUUCUCCGAAUAGUUGUGUUUUAAAAGAUAGGGGCAGAGCCAGGAAGGGCCAAACUAUAUAUAGUAAUGUUGGACCCUUUGGCUUCUUCAUGUGUUUACUUCUUCAUAUUUUGAACCCCCUUUCUGAAAAUAGGGUCGGGGUUUAUAUUACUUAAUGACGGAGAUUUCAGUUAAAACCAUCAGUUUUCUGUUUCUUACAAGUUCAUAUGUGUAACAACUUCAACUCAUCGAGGAUAUGACCUUAGAUAAGAGGUUGUUGAGUAGAUGGAUUAGAGUAGAACGUUAGUAGGUAGGAGUGCAUUGUCUUGAUGUCAGUCCAUACUAGUAGUCGUAGUAUUACUCCUUAAUGAGUAUCUGUUGUUUCUUGUACUUCAACUAUCGUAAUAGUAUUUUGUUGUAGUACUGUUCUGUUACUAUCUAUCUGAUGUUUUUUGUACUUCCGUUACUUCUUUUUCUGGACUACUGCUGUCUGCUGCUUUGGACUGUUUUCUUCUUGAGUUGAGGGUAUUAUCGGAAACAAUCUAUCUGCCUCUGAGGUAGGAGUAAGGUGGAAUUCCUGAAUAUUUAGGCAAUCUUACAUAUUUGGAGAUGCUAAGCCUAAGAGGUGGUUCACUAACAGGUCGAAUUCCACAAGCUCUAUUCAACAUGUCCAGCUUAAAGCAACUCGAUCUUUCAAACAACAGUUUGUCCGGGAGCCUACCAUCCGUGAGCAGUCAAUGUAAUCUUCCUCACAUAACUGGUGAAAUCUCAGAAAACACAUUCAGAUGCAAACGCCUUGAAGUCAUACAAUUAGCAGACAAUAUGCUUACAGGCAGCAUUUCUAAAGAUAUUCGAAACUUUACUUUCCUUCAGAUUCUAAAUUUAGCAGAAAACAACUUUACAGGGAGAUUACCAGCUGAGGUAGGUAGCAUAAAUCUGAAGAAACUUAACGUCCACGGAAAUCACUUGUCAGGUGUCAUUCCAUCUGAAGUAUUCAACAUAUCGACGUUGCAGAUUCUAGACUUAAACAGAAACAGGCUCACAGGAACUCUUCCCUCAGGCUUAGGCCUUCAGUUUCCAAAUCUGCAAGAGCUUUAUUUAGGUGAGAAUGAACUUACAGGAUCAAUCCCAAGCUCUAUCUCAAAUGCUUCACAGCUUGCUACUAUAUACAUGUCCCUCAACUCGUUCACUGGCUCGAUACCCAACCUUGGCAAUUUAAGACUUUUGAAGAGGCUAUUUCUAGCAGAGAAUAACCUUACAGAGGGAACUUCCAAAGGAGAACUAAAAUUCUUGUCCUAUUUAACAAAUUGUAGACAUUUGGAAACCGUAGACGUGUCUUUAAAUCAGUUAAAUGGUGUCCUUCCAAGUUCAUUAGGGAAUCUCUCUGCUAGCCUUCAAAUUUUCUCAGCAUUUGGUAGCAAAAUCAAGGGGACCAUACCUGUGGGAGUUGGAAACUUGACAAGCUUGACCGGUAUGUACUUGGAUAGCAAUGAGUUGACUGGAGUUAUCCCGAAUACAAUUGGAAAGUUGAGAAAUCUCGAACGUAUAUAUCUGGAAUACAAUAGACUGGAAGGGCAUCUCCCAACUGAUAUUUGCCAGUUGAGUAAGCUGGGGGAUAUCUACAUAAGUCACAACAUGAUCCGUGGAGCCAUACCAGCAUGUUUUGGUGAACUCAAAUCACUACAGAGAGUUUUCUUGGAUUCAAACAAUUUGACAUCUACCAUUCCAUUGAACUUUUGGAACCUGAAUGGCCUUGUAGGUUUGAACUUAUCCACAAACUCUUUCAAAGGCUAUUUACCAUCAGAGAUCUCUAAUCUGAAGGUUGCAACAAACGUUGACUUAUCGUGGAAUCAAUUUUCAGGAGAUAUCCCCAGCAAAAUAGGAAGUGCACAAUCAAUAGUUUACCUUUCUUUGGCACAAAACCGAUUGCAAGGUCCUAUUCCUGAAUCUUUGAGUAACUUGAUAAGCUUAGAGACAUUAGAUUUGUCGUCCAACAAUUUGUCCGGAAUGAUUCCAAAGUCUCUCGAGGCAUUGAGGUAUCUCCGAUACUUCAAUGUCUCUGUGAAUGAAUUGGAAGGAGAAAUUCCAUCAGGUGGAUGUUUUUCAAAUUUCAGUGCUGAAUCUUUUAGGCAAAAUCAUGAGCUAUGUGGAGUAGCUCGGCUACAUGUUCUGCCCUGCCGGACAAAACAUUCCAAGUCAAAAACUGUUUCGUCUUUGAUUAAAUAUGUUGUUCCUCCUCUCUUGUCAACAAUUCUCAUGGUGACUGUUGUACUUAUAUUGAUAAGAAAACGGAACCAACACGUAAAGAUGAAGAUGGAGGAAUCACAGCUUGCUGCAAUUCUUUCACCUAUUGCAUACUUGAGAAAUGUUUCAUAUCUUGAACUUGUAAGAGCUACGCAUUCUUUUUCUGAAUCCAAUCUACUAGGAAAGGGAAGUUACGGUUCAGUUUAUCGAGGGGAACUCAACGAUGGAACAGAUGUAGCUGUAAAAGUUUUUAACACACUGACAGAAGAAUCAACCAAGAGUUUCUAUGCUGAAUGUAAGAUAUUGAGCAACAUCCGUCACCGGAACCUUACAAAGAUCCUCAGUUGUUGUAGUACCACAGACUUCAAAGCUCUUGUAUUAGAUUACAUGCCAAAUGGUAAUCUUGAAAAGUGGCUAUAUUCUCAAGAUUGUUGUUUAAGUAUGCUUCAAAGAUUGAACAUAGCAAUAGAUAUUGCUUCAGCUUUAGAAUAUCUGCAUUGUGGUCUAACAACUCCUAUUGUACACUGUGACUUGAAGCCUAACAAUAUCCUGUUAGAUGAAGAUAUGACUGCACAUCUUUGCGAUUUCGGGAUCGCAAAAAUUUUUGAGCAAGACAUGGAUAUGGCUCAAACCAAGACACUAGCCACCAUUGGAUAUAUGGCACCAGAGUAUGGAACUCAUGGGAUAGUUUCAACAAGUGGAGAUAUCUACAGCUAUGGCAUUAUAUUGUUGGAAAUGUUUACAGGAAAAAAACCAACUGAUGAUAUGUUCGGGGAGACAAUGAACUUGAAAUGUUUCGUGGGCGAAAGCUUACGUAGAAAAUCUUUAAUGGAAGUUGUGGAUUCUGAUUUGAUUAGAGAUGUUCAACAGUUCUCUGAAGUAAUACAACAGUUUGUGUCAUCUAUUUUUUGUUUGGGAUUGGAAUGUCUAAAAGAUUGUCCUGAAGACAGAAUGAGCAUUAGUAAUGUUGUGGAUAGCCUUAGAAAAGCUAAAAUUGAAUAUUUAGCAAUUAGAUAAAAGGUAGAAGAAAAAGUGGUGUAAAUUUUUAUGAUUGUGAAAAAUGUUGUAAAUAUUUUGUUUUGUUUUAGUA